UUGUUUCGGCGUUGAGCUACCGAUCGGUCGCCCCAGUCAGCCUUUCCAUCAUACAUUUCGCUCCGUGUCCAACGAGAGUUUCGUUCUGCGAUAGCCACCGGUUUUCAGCAUUGUUGAUCGUCUCUUGGUUUAUUUUUAUUUUGUAUUCUUCUUUUUAUUUGUAUUUUUUUUUGCUGUGCUGUGCUGCGCUUUGUUUGUGCUUUUCUUUUCAAUUGAGUUUUGUGCCUGAUUGCUUUAUACCGAGCCCGCGCCAGGCUGUGCCAGUAAUUAUUUCGUUAUCAAAAACCGAAAAAAAGGUCGUGUCAAAGGAGCUCCAGCUGCGGUGAGAGAUGUUCGCCCCGCUGCUUUGGGGCCUCCUUCUGCUCGGCAGUUGUGGCCUGAACACAGCAGGCGAGGAAGGCGAAGAAUGCAUGGUGAAGGAGAACUGGCCGGGCAUCUGCCGCUCCUCAUCCACCUGCGAGCCCUUCGUCGACGGCUACAUCAAGUCGGGCAUCCUCACCAUCAGCGAAGUGCCCAGCUGUGGCCUCGGGCCGCGCGAGGAGAUCAUCUGCUGCCCCACAAAGCCCUGCUGCCCCAAUGACCAAAGCUCGAAAGGAACAGCAGCAGCAGCAGCACCUUCAUCCUCGACUCUACCCGACACAAGCCCAGAGCAGAGCCGGGAGAGUAGGCUGGAUCGGAGCGACAGCUUCUUCGACUUCAAUCAGAUGCUCAGCACGCCCCGGAGCCUCGUGCCUCAGCAGCCCACGGGCAGGGUAGAGGGCAGAACCCACGAGGCCAUGCGAACGCAGCCAGAGCCAUUCCAGAGCAUAGGACACUGGGGAGUCGCUCCUCUUCCAGCAACGACAACUGCCACGCCACGAUCCGUGGGCCCUUGGGGUUGGAAUGCAGCGGGAGCGCCCAGAAUAGUCAACAAGCCGCUGACGAUACCCGAUCCAAGGUUUAGAGAACAUCAGCACCGAGGAAACCGGCGAGGAUCCGGCAAUAAUCUGAUCCAAGUGGUCAACGAGAGGCUCCGUCAGCAGGGGAUGCAAAUAGAGGCCGCCAGGGAGGUGGAAGCACUGUCGCCGUCCCCACUGAUGCCGCUGGUCGAUCCAUUUGCGCCUUUCCGCUUCCAGGCAAAGGAACAGCCAGGCAGCAGCAUCGUUCCUUCGGAGGCAUCAAGGCUGCCGUUCGGCAUUGCGGAGACAACGUCCACGGCCCGACCACCCGUCUCGGCCACACCCAACUCUCGCGUGGAUGUGCCGCAGGAGCGUCCGUCGGUGGUGGCCUGCAAGAGGAUACAAAGCCGCUUCGGGGAGAACAGACUGACGGUGCACAUCCUGGAGGGCAUUCCCGUCAAUCCCGGCGUCUAUCCGCACAUGGUGGCCAUUGCGUACAGCACCUUUGGUGCACCUCCCGAGUAUCGUUGCGGCGGCUCCCUGAUCUCCAGUCGGUUCGUCCUCACCGCCGCCCACUGCGUUAACAGCGAGGAAAACAAUCCCGUCUUCGUUCGCCUGGGCACCGUGAAUAUCGUGAAUCCCGCACAGCAAUAUCAGGACAUUGGCUUGAGAAAUAUUACCAUUCAUCCGAACUACGUCAGCAGCAGCAAGUACAAUGACAUUGCCCUGCUGGAGCUGGAGGAGGAGGUUAAUUUCGCGAACAACAGCAACAUUUUUCCUGCGUGCCUGCACACAGACCCAAAGGAUCCGCCACUCAGCUCCAAGCUCUUUGUGGCCGGCUGGGGAACCAUGAACUUGACCAGUCGCUCCAGGUCCAAGGUCCUGUUGCGUGCCCCACUUGACCUGGUGCCGCUGGACAAGUGCAACGAGUCGUUUGCCGAGCAGCCGAGCACCGUGCGUGCCCUGAAGCAGGGUGUCAUCGAUUCGCUGAUGUGUGCGGCGGACACCAAGCAUCUGAAGGCGGAUGCCUGCCAGGGCGACUCCGGGGGUCCGCUCAUCUUGGACAUCAAUGUCGAGGACGGACUGUACUCCAUAGUGGGCAUCAUCUCGUCUGGGUUCGGGUGUGCCACCAAGACGCCGGGUCUCUACACACGAGUGGCCUCCUUUCUGGACUACAUCGAGGAGAUUGUCUGGCCGGGCAAUGUUCUGGGCACGGGCGGGAUAUGAGCCAAUAAAUUGAAGACCACGAAA